UGUAAAUCAGAAAAAGUUGUAAUUAGCCGCUGUGUUUUGUUCAAUAAACCUGAACAACAAAGUUCAGUAAAACUACCGAGCCUCCGUCAUGAUUAUAGAAGCUGUAUCUACGUAUCAUUUGGUGCCGAAACCCGGGAUGUAAGGACUUUAAGAACUUUUUCGAACGAAGUGAACAGCUAACGGCUCGGUUUAGCAGCCGUCAUGACGGAGGGACUCGAGCGGCUGAAACGGAAGCGGGCGACUAUUCGCGCCGCUACGACGAGGCUGUUAACCCGCCUAGAGGACGAGGUGGGGAAGGAAAGACCAGAUACUGACAAACUACGCGAGUUUGUGGCAGUUUUAUCAUCGAAGGAGGACAGUUUAUUGGACUUGGACAAGGGCAUAGAAGAUGUGACGCCCACGGACGAUCUGGACACGGAGAUUUCAAGCACACUGGAUUACAUGGACCGCGUUCUCACUUGGAAGGUUCGCGCCACCACCGCCAUCGGGCAUCAGGAAACCAUCAGAGACACCCCGAGAGUGCGCGUGAGCGAUGGGAGCAGCGGUUCAUUUACAUCACAGUCCAGACAAACUGUUAAACUUCCUAAGCUAAUGAUAACAAAGUACGAUGGUGAAAUAAGCCAGUGGCAGGAAUUCUGGUCACAAUAUGAAACAGCUAUUCACAGAAAUGAGGUACUAUGCAAGACAGACAAGUUUACUUACCUCAGAUCCUACCUGACUGGAGCAGCUGCUAGAACUAUUGCAGGGCUUACAAUGACAGAUGCCAACUACGAUGCUGCAAUAGAGUUACUCCAGAGCCGCUUUGGGAGAAAGGACAUUGUGAUAAGUGCCCAUAUGUCCAAAUUACUGAACUUAAACCCUGUUAAAAGAUCUUCCGAUGUUACAGCUUUGAGGCACUUGUAUGAUGAAUGUGAGAUCCAGAUACGCAGUUUGGAGUCACUUGGAGUCCAGAGUGACACGUACGGCUGCCUGCUUUGUCCAGUGCUACUGCAGCUCAUUCCGGAGGACAUCGCACUCGCCUACACCCGCCAACCAAACGCGACCAACGAAUGGAAGGUGCCAGAGUUGAUUCAGUUUCUACAAAAUGAGGUGCAAAGCAGAGAACGAGCGCUUCAGCUUACAAGACCAGGCCAUGCAUCGAAGGAUCCAAGCCCACAACACAAGAAUGUGGGUAAGCCAUCCUACGCCUGCGAUAAACCCAGAAAGUGGAGUGUCCCGUCAGCGACCGCCUUGCACACCGCCAGUGCCGUGCCCCGGACCUGUGUGUAUUGUGACAGUAGCGACCACAAACCAGAGAACUGUUCCGACCAUACAAUUUCCCUCGCAGAAAAGGAUAAAGAUGCUGUUAGGUUCCUGUGGAUGCAUGGACCUCCGACCAAAGACUGCAAGAAUGAGGUAUGUGUCCUGAGAAUGAACAGAGUGGUUUUCGGAGUGUCUCCCAGCCCAUUCCUGCUUGCUGCCACCAUCAGAAAACACCUCAAACUAUUUGACACAGAACAACCAAAGGCAGCACAGAUCCUCAGUGACUCUCUGUAUGUAGAUGACUUUAUUUCAAGCUCACCUACUGUGCAGGAAGCUCUACAUGUGACAACGACAGCAAAGGACAUUCUCGCUCAGGCAGGUAUGGACCUCUGCAAAUGGGUUACCAACUCACCUGACCUGAGAGCCAUGUGGAAGGAGACUGGAGUAGAGUUGACUGGAGAUACAGAGUCCUGUGGAAACGUGCUCAAAGUGCUAGGACUCGUUUGGAGACCAGAGAGAGAUGAUUUUGUGUUUGAUCAAAAGGGACUCAUUGACAUUUUACGGGACAAAGAAAACACAAAGAGAAGUGUUCUACAAACAUCGGCUCGCAUAUUUGACCCCAUUGGGUUUCUCACUCCCUUUACUAUCAGAGUGAAGUGCCUAUUCCAAGAAAUGUGGGAGAGAGGGCUCAGUUGGGAUGAACCAUUACCCAUUGAUUUGACUGAAAAAUGGGAACAGUGGUGUAUGGAGCUACCACUGCUCCACCUGAUGGCUAUUCCCAGGUGGUACCACAUUGAGAUCCAGCAAGAGUCACACACGGUAAAGUUGCAUGUCUACUGUGACGCAAGUGAAAAGGCUUACAGUGCUGUGGCAUAUCUACAAGGAAAAAACAAACAAGGAGAGACUGUUACAAGCUUUGUGGCCUCUAAGUCGCGAGUCGCACCCCUAAAGAAAAUGACAUUACCUCGCCUGGAGCUUAUGGGUGCACUUAUUGGAGCAAGAUUAGGACACAGUUUUCUCAAACCACUGAACAUGGAGAAGAGCCAACUUCAAAUGUGGACGGACUCGAUGAUCACUCUUCACUGGAUCCGCAGCUCAGCCCAGCGGUGGAAGCCCUUUGUGGCCAACAGAGUGACUGAAAUACAAGGGCUCACAAACCCGGAGACGUGGUCCCACUGUGCUGGUAAAAUGAAUCCUGCUGACUUACCUACACGAGGUCAGCAUGCACAGAGUCUUAUUGAGAGCCAGUUGUGGUGGAGCGGACCAGCUUCACUGUCCACAGCUGAAAGGGAGCUGGACAUUGAUGAUGACAAUGUGGUGAAUGAGGUAAACACUGAACUGAAAUCUAAGUAUCAGACUGUUGUACAAUUCACUAGCGCUGAACAAACGGUACCUCUGUUGAACUUAGAAAGGUACGGCAGGCUUAAGACUGUGUUAAGAAUCACUGCAUGGGUAAAACGCUUUGUAACUAACACAAGGUCUUGUCAAAGGGUUCAGGGAGAGUUAACCUCAGAAGAGCUGAUUGCAGCUGAAAUGUACUGGGUAAAGGCUACGCAAGAGCGUUGUUUUAGCUCUGAAAUAUCCCAGCUAAAGUCAAAACUAAAUGUGAAAAGAGACUCUAAAAUCAAAGACUUGAAACCAUUCUUAGAUGAAAAUGGUCUGCUAAGUGUUGGGGGAAGACUACAGCACUCUGAUUUUAGUUUCAGAGAACAGCACCCCUGGGUACUACCAACAAAUCACAAGUACUCUGAGCUAUUGGUUCAUUCAUGUCAUGAAAAGGUGAUGCAUUCUGGUGUACGAGAUACACUGAUUCAACUCAGAGAACAUUACUGGAUUUUGAGAGGGAGACAGCUUGUAAAACGCAUUGUUUCAAGUUGUUACAUUUGCAGAAAACUUAAGGUUAAAGCAGCAAAGCAGAUUACUGCUCCUUUACCUCGAGAUAGAGUAACUGAGUCACCUCCUUUUGAAGUUACAGGUGUAGAUUUUGCAGGACCCUUGUAUGUUAGAUCUAAGGGGCAGCCAGUAAAGGCAUACAUCACGCUGUUUACAUGUGCAGUAACGAGAGCAGUACAUUUGGAGUUGGUUUCAGAUCAGACUACAGAGAACUUUCUACUAGCCUUAAAGCGAUUCAUUGCAAGACGAGGGCUAUGUAAGAUCAUCUACUCUGAUAAUGCGAAGACAUUCAAAAGAGCAGACAAAGAUUUAAAGGAGUUAUGGCAAAACAUUAAAGGUUCAAAGCUCACAGAGUUUUUUACUGAGAAAGGGAUCACCUGGAAGUUCAUUGCUGAGCGGGCUGCCUGGUGGGGGGGCUUCUGGUAAAGGCUUGUGAGAUCUGUUAAAACAUGCUUAAAGAAGGUACUGGGAAAAGCCUCUUUGAGCUUUGAGGAACUCACAACUGUACUUACUGAGGUUGAGGCAGUGUUGAAUUCUAGGCCUCUGUCGUAUGUACAUAGUGAUGUAUUAGAGCCCCAGCCACUUACCCCUUCACACUUCCUGGUUGGUAAACGCUUGACUUCCUUGCCACCAAAGACUUUUCUUUCUCCAGCUCAGGUGCUCACAGCAAACCGUGAGGAGCUUGGUAAAAGGUGGAAAUACCAGCAGAGACUUUUGACCAGCUUUUGGAACAGCUGGCGCAGAGACUAUCUAUUGGACUUGAAAUCCGCUCACAAAGUGGACACUCCUACUCCAACAGCACUUAAAGUAGGAGAUGUUGUUCUCAUUGGGGAGGACAACACACCCAGACAGACAUGGAAGAUGGGUAGACUCGUAGAGGUCUUUCCAGGCAGAGAUGGCCUCAUACGUUCAUGUAAUGUUUGCACUUCUACAGGCAGCGUGUUAAGAAGGCCUGUUCAGUUACUGUACCCAUUAGAAAUAGGUUAAAGGUCAAUUUGAUACGUAUGAACAGUUGUUCAUUGGGCGGGAGGAUGUUGUGACUUAUUUGCAGUUCUGGACAUUGGGCAUUGAUUGUUGGUUGUAACAUGGGUGCAGUCGUGUUUCCAAAUUGCAGGGUGCCAUGUGGUUUUAAUUUGAAGAAACGGAAGUGUUUUAUUGUGAAGGGUGAAAACAGGAUCUGUUCUAGUUUUCAU